GUUCAUACUCAAAUCCUACCGCUAACUUUGUGUUCUUUUCGUAUGUGGAUUUUUGGAAAUGAAUUUACUUUCUUCUUUUUUUUUUCAGCUAAAAUUGGAUUUUGAUUCAGAAAAAAUGGUGAUUCCUCCUCCGGUAAGGCCAGAAAGAGUGACCAAGUUUUUGAAACCCUAUGUACUGAGAAUGCACUUCACGAAUAAAUUCGUACACGCGCAAGUUGUUCACACUCCCACGGCAACUGUAGCAUCUGCAGCCAGCACACAAGAGAAGGCACUGAGAUUGAGCUUGGAAAAGACUAAAGAGAGCACCAGGGAUGUUUCGGCUGCUGCCAAAAUCGGGAAAAUUCUCGGAGAAAGAUUGCUGCUUCAGAAUAUACCUGCUGUGUCUGUUUUCUUGAAGAAGGAUCAAAAAUAUCACGGCAAGGUGAAAGCCGUGAUUGAUUCAUUGACUAAGGCAGGAGUGAAAUUGGUGUAACUUUU